CAGAAAUUGAAAUUUGGAUUGAAAUCCACCUGUUUUAAUUGAGAAAACUUCCAAGUGUUCUAACUUUCAAAAUUGUUUGUUUAUAGUCCAAUAUUUUACAGAGGUUUUAAUAUUUGUUUUGCACAUCAUUCAUAUGAAUAUGUUAUUGAACUGAGAAUAUAUAUACAGGCAAAACAUUUGUCAGUAUGAUAAAGAAUAGGCAGUGGGUUUUUACUGUUGCUGCUAAAACCAGCGUCAAUGAAGUGGUGUGCAUUGUUGGGUCAUGUGCUGAGCUGGGAGCUUGGAACCCUCGUCAAAUCGUAGCCCUGCAGAAGGUUCCCAGCGGUGGAGAUGACGCCUCGUCUCUCACUUGGGAGUCUUCCGUUGACUCGCAUGAAGAGGCUGCAGCAGAUGAAGAAACUUUAUGGACCAUAACAAUGGAACUUCCACCUGAACAGGUUGAGUACCGGUUCUGUGUGGCUGUGCAAGCCUCGGAUGCCAGUCUCAAGGAGCCCGUGUAUGCAAUACGUUGGUGGGAGACGCACUUCAUCCCACGCAUCAUCCCUGCUAAUGUUCUGCAUGACCCUGCAGAAGAAACAAUCAGCCAGUUUGGUGUAAGCCUUGGACAGUUCAAGUUGGAGUCUGGUUGGCUGGUGUAUGACAGUGCCGUGCAACUGAAGCUUUGUCUCUCUAAGAACCAUGCUCGACCCAUCACCUUCUGGCGCAAGAAGUACAAAGACAGCAAGGUACGUGUGAAGGUAACGCCUCUGGAGCUCAAUACUGAGGGGCAACUGGACGACUCAACCACAGACCACGGCGACUCCCGGGCCGCUCUUAAGACCUCAGCCUGGCCUCUUGUAGAGGUCGCGGUGCUGGCAGAAGACACGUGUACGUUCACGCGACAGGAGCAGUUCGGUCUGGUCUUCAACGAGGAGGUCUUCACCACGUUCCAGUGCCGCGUCAUCAACCCCAACUCUAUCGCUUACCUCUUCGACUACUAUCUUGACGGCCCCCUGGGGGAGAUACCCCGACACAUCGGCUGCUCCCACCUCCUGCCCUCCAACCUCAACGAGAACUUCGGUGUUGCCACCAUACCCAUUACGUCAGCGCAGCACGCGCCUAUUGGCCAGCUGACAGGUACGAGGCGCGCGCCUAUUGGCCAGCUCACAG